AUGGGAGUGGUAAUCCAGCUCCCAGAGGGUGCACUGCGAGCACAUUGCAAAGGUGCAUCAGAGAUCAUACUGGCAUCUUGCAGCAAGUACCUGAAUGAGGAAGGCAAUGUCGUCCCCCUGGAUGAAGGAACCAUUGAUCACUUGAAGGCCACAAUCGAUAGCUUCGCAAAUGAGGCCCUUCGCACUCUCUGUCUUGCUUACAUGGAAGUUCAGGAUGGGUUCUCAGUCAAUGAUCAGAUCCCGACAGAUGGGUACACCUGCAUUGGCAUUGUGGGGAUCAAAGACCCAGUCCGGCCCGGAGUGAAGGAAUCAGUUGCCAUCUGCAGGUCAGCAGGUAUUACCGUAAGGAUGGUCACAGGUGACAACAUCAACACGGCAAAGGCAAUUGCCCGGGAAUGCGGCAUUUUAACUGAAGGUGGCAUUGCCAUAGAAGGCCCAGAUUUCAGAACCAAGAGUGAAGAAGAGCUUACUCAACUGAUACCAAAGAUACAGGUGAUGGCAAGAUCUUCACCACUGGAUAAGCAUACCCUUGUCAAGCAUCUUCGAACUAAACUCGACGAAGUUGUGGCUGUGACUGGUGACGGGACAAAUGAUGCGCCUGCGCUUCAUGAGGCUGAUAUUGGGCUUGCAAUGGGCAUUGCCGGAACCGAGGUGGCCAAAGAGAGUGCUGAUGUCAUCAUUCUUGAUGACAACUUCUCCACUAUUGUUACCGUUGCAAAAUGGGGUCGAUCAGUGUACAUCAACAUUCAGAAGUUUGUGCAAUUUCAGCUCACUGUCAACGUGGUUGCUCUGGUGGUAAACUUCUCCUCAGCUUGCCUGACAGGGAGUGCCCCUCUUACUGCUGUGCAAUUGCUGUGGGUCAACAUGAUCAUGGAUACACUGGGUGCACUGGCAUUGGCUACAGAACCCCCAAACAAUGAACUGAUGAAGAGAACACCUGUUGGAAGGAAAGGAAACUUCAUCAGUAACAUUAUGUGGAGAAACAUCCUGGGACAGGCCUUCUACCAGUUCCUUGUAUUCAAUGAGGUGAACUCGAGAGAAAUGGAGAGGAUAAAUGUGUUUGAAGGCAUUCUAAACAACAACGUGUUCAUUGCUGUCCUCGGCAGCACCGUCAUCUUCCAGUUCAUCAUAAUACAGUUCCUUGGCGAUUUCGCAAACACUACCCCUCUUACGCUCAACCAGUGGAUAGCAUGUAUUUUUAUCGGUUUCAUAGGCAUGCCUAUCGCAGCUAUUGUGAAGAUGAUACCAGUUGGGUCUUCGUAG